UGCCAGGUGACAUUGCCACGUCAAACAUAGUGCCACGACAGCAGUGCCACGUCAGACACAGUGCCACGUCAGCAGUGACCUCCGACACAGUGCGAUGUCAGAAAUACCACGUCAGCAGUACCACGUCAGACAAAGUGCCACGUCAGCAGUGCCACAUCAGCAGUGCCACGUAAGCAGCACUGCCACAUCAGCAGUGCCACGUAAGCAGCAGUGCCACGUCAGCAACAUGACGGGCCUGCCAGGCCAACUGGCCAAUGAGACCAUUGCCACCUACAAGCAGCGUUGCCUGGCUCAGAUAGAGGCUGAGGAACAACGCCUGCUGGCAGUCGAGGCUGCCCGCAUACAGGCGGAAGAGGCAGCAGAAGCAGAACAGCUGCGGCUACAGGCCGACGCAGACGCAGAUGCCCAGGCUCGCCGCAAGGAAGCCCAGGAUCUGGUGCAGCGGCAUGAAGCCAACAGCAUCGACAAACUCAAGUACUGGCAUUUUAAACCGAACGGCGACGAGGCAACACCGGAAGAGAAGCACAAGGAGUUCCUCUCCAAACUCGUGACGCGGUUGUUGUAUGCUUGCAACUACCAACGGUCAGAGUUGGAGAGACAAUACCGGGACCUGACGCAACAGCAUCAGGAGUUGGCGACGCUCCGCCGCACAGUGCAAAGCCACGAGGAUGCAACUCGGGCACUCAAUGCCCGAUUGUUGGACCUGGAACAGGCUGUACCAGGACCAGCUGCUGGAGCUUCCAGCAGUGCACCCUCAAGCCGCCAACUGGAGGACCGCGUUGACCACGUAGUGGCAAUGCUCGACGACAUCAGCACCUUCGCUGCGCCGACCACCACCAUCAGCAGUYAGCUGCAUACAUUGAAGACCGAGGUCCAGAAGCUGCAGUCGACGAACGCGGACGACAAUCCGAAGAUGUACAAGAUGCCAACUUUCAACCUGGAUGACUACACGCAGCAGGAUCCCGUCCUCUGGUGGGAAGCAUUCACAACGCAACUCAGGAUUCUGCCAGUAGCCAAGCAUGCGUCCAUCGGCGCCCU